AAGUCAUCACCAAUUCACCAUAGUCAAGUUGAGAGAGAGAGAAGAGGAGAGAGAAAGGGAAAAAUGGUGGAUUGAAUUGAAAUUUGGAUCAGAAGCAAAGCUGAAGCAGUAAUAUGUAAAGAAGAUUCAUCAUGCUUCUUCGCCAUGAGGCAGAGGGACAACAAGACAAAAAAAAACCUAAAAUCUGCAAUCUUUUUGUUUUAUCCAGUCAUAUGGAUCAUCUUGCUCCAUACGUUGCUACUUUCAUAAACCUAAUUAAUUAAUUAAUUAAUCCCUUUUUUGUAUUCUUAGAUCCCUUUUUUGGAUUCAAGAUUUCUCAUUUAUAAUUGGGUAUCCUUUAAAAAAAAUUCAUAAUUAAUCUUUGAGCCUCCAAUCAAUGGAGCCUCGUGUUGGUAAUAAGUUUCGUCUCGGACGGAAAAUCGGAAGUGGUUCGUUUGGUGAGAUCUACCUUGGGACUAAUGUUCAGACCAAUGAAGAGGUUGCAAUUAAGCUGGAAAAUGUGAAGACAAAGCAUCCUCAACUACUCUAUGAAUCAAAACUGUAUAAAAUACUACAAGGAGGAACUGGAAUUCCCAAUUUAAAAUGGUUUGGAGUUGAAGGAGAUUAUAAUGUCCUUGUGAUGGAUUUACUGGGACCCAGUCUUGAAGAUCUCUUCAAUUUCUGCAGUAGGAAGCUGUCCCUAAAGACUGUUCUUAUGCUUGCAGACCAGAUGAUAAAUCGGGUCGAAUUUGUUCAUGCCAAAUCUUUUCUUCAUCGAGAUAUAAAACCAGACAACUUCUUGAUGGGAUUAGGAAGACGUGCAAAUCAGGUCUAUAUCAUUGAUUUUGGGCUGGCUAAGAAGUUUAGGGACUCCACCACUCAUCAGCAUAUUCCAUAUAGAGAAAACAAAAAUUUGACAGGAACUGCCAGAUAUGCAAGCAUGAAUACUCACCUUGGCAUCGAACAAAGCCGAAGGGAUGAUUUGGAAUCACUGGGUUAUGUCCUAAUGUACUUCUUAAGAGGAAGUCUUCCUUGGCAGGGGCUGAAAGCAGGGACAAAGAAACAGAAGUAUGAGAGGAUCAGUGAGAAGAAAGUUUCAACAUCGAUAGAGACAUUGUGUCGUGGCUAUCCUACAGAGUUUGCAUCAUAUUUUCACUACUGUCGAUCACUGCGGUUUGAGGAUAAACCAGAUUAUGCUUAUCUCAAAAGAAUUUUCCGUGACCUUUUCAUUCGUGAAGGUUUUCAGUUUGAUUAUGUAUUUGACUGGACCAUUUUGAAAUAUCAGCAGUCACAGCUUGCCAAUCCUCCAUCUCGUGCUCUUGGUGGUACUGCUGGACCAAGUUCCGGGAUGCCUCAUGCUCUUGCUAAUGCUGAGAGGCAAUCAGGUGGUGAAGAAGGUCGGCCUACUGGUUGGUCUUCAGGAAAUCUUGCUCGUAAUAGGAACACGGGGCUGCAAUUCAACUCUGGAAGCUUAGCAAAGCAAAAAGGGACAGCUGCCAAUGAUUUAUCCAUGGGUAAAGAGUUAUCUAGUUCAAGUUUUUUCCGGACUAGUGCAUCAGCAAGGCGUCCAGCUGUCUCUAGCAGUCGUGAUCCAGUGAUCACCGGUGUUGAACCCGAUCCCUCUCACAUUCGGAAAACAGAUGAAAGCCCAGGACAUCUCCGUAAAACUUCCAGUGUUGCUCAGAGAAGUUCACCAGUCGUGUCAUCAGAUCAGAAGCGCAGCUCCUCCACUAGAAUGGAUAAGAACUUUGAGGCCGCCCUUAAAGGAAUAGAGGGCCUAAGUGUCAAAAAUGAUGAGAGGCUGCAUUAUUAGCUUUGCUGCUUUAUCUCAGUUCUCUGGUUACUGUAAAAUCUUGGCUAAAAAAUUGCACCAACUUUGGGGAUUUCGCUACAAUUUGCCAUCAGGAAAGGCUAAAACUAGAAAUUAAUGUGAGAUCCCUCUGGUAAUCUUUGGCGUAUGCUUCUUCUGUACAUUUGGCACUUUGUUUUUCUCAUCUCCUUCUCUCUAUCCCCUUUAUAAGAGUUCUUUGUAUUUUUAAUGGUGUUAUGUUGUGAAUUAUGAAUGUAUUUUUGUAUGGUUGGAGACUAAAUAUUCACUUGAGACUUAUUGUAUUGGAAUUACACCCAUCUUUUUGCUAUUGUGCAUGAAUCUGAAUUGCAAGUUGUUGAGU